AUGAGCCGCCUCACACAAAAUAAUCCAGGGGUCGGCCCAUUUGUCAGCCAGCUCCUCAUCUCGCCCCCACCACCAGUCACCCCACCACCACAACCAGUCACCCCACCACCGCCGCCAGUCAUCCAACCACCACCCACCAAUCAUCCAACCGCCACCAGUCCCCACCACCACCGCCAGUCACCCCACUACUACCACCAGUCAUCCAGCCGCCGCCAAUCAUCCCACCGGCCGAGGCCAAGACGGCUUCAAUUUGGCAGUAGCCCCUCAUCACACCAAUCAGCCUCACCGCAGGAUCCAAUAAUACAAACUUCCACAAGGAACAGGGUGAUCCCUAGAGUUCCCACGCCUCCCACGCCUCUCGAGAACUGGGUGCUAGCAAACUUGGAGGAGAACCUUAGGAACUGGGGAUUGCUGAAUUCUGGACAAAACCAGACUCCAACGCCAGCUUCCCCUUCACAAGAAUUGGAGUCUCUAGCCGGAUUGAGCUUUUAUCCUGAGGAUGAUCCACCUCCUCCUUACAACCCUGAGUGGGGAGUUGCCUUCAGAGACAGACAACAGCAAGCAGGCAGUCCUCCACCUGCCGAGGAGGUUUUAGACUAUGAAAUGGAUGAAGAGGAUCGAUGUAAAACAUUGAGGGUGCUAACAGCUCUGUCAGUGGUCCAGCCAAUACCUCUGCCAAUGGUCCAGCCAUUAGCUCUACCAGUGGGUCAGCAUCCGCAAAUCAAAUCUUUGUUGAUGGAGAGGACAUAA